CAGGUUAUCCUCAUCCUGACCAAGUACUACCACGCUGAUUCCUCCAAGGUCCUGGAGAGCUCCCUGUGGAGGUCCACUGACUAUGGAACCACCUACACCAAACUGAACUUGAUGCCAGGAACAACCAUUGUGGUGACCAACUUCUAUAUCUGCCCAACCAACAAGAAAAAGGUAGUGCUGGUGGGUUCAUCCAUAAAUGAACGGGAUCAGAUGCUCUUUAUCAGCACAGAUGAGGGUGCUUCUUUCCAGCGACAGUCCAUCUCCUUCACCCCUGAAUUACUUAUAUUCCACCCGGAAGAAGAAGACAAGCUCCUGGCUUACUGCAAAGAUGGAACUCUCUUUGUGUCCACGGAGUUGGGGCGUAAAUGGACUUUGCUUCAAGAACAUGUGACGAAGAACAGAGUCUUCUGGUCGGUAUCUGGUGUUGAUGUAGACCCUGAUCUUGUACACAUGGAAAUCCGUGACACAAGUGGAGGUUACCUGUAUGUAACCUGCCUCAUCCAGAACUGUUCGGACAAAAUGGUGACAGCACAGUUCCUUGGCAAAAUCGAUCACAACUCGCUGUUGGUGCAGGACGACUACAUAUUUGUCAAGGUCACGACAGGGAAUACCACCAAGCACUAUGUGUCCUAUCAGCGCAACGAGUUUGUCCAGAUGAGAUUUCCCAAGUAUGCCUUGCCAAAGGAUGUUCACAUUGUGAGUACAGACGGGAACCAGGUAUUCCUUGCCAUCCAGGAGUGGUACCAGUCAGAUACAUAUAACCUGUACCAGUCAGAUGCACAAGGUGUCUACUACUCCAUUGUCCUGGAAAAUGUUCGUAGCACCAAGCAGCCAGAGGAAAAUGUCAUCAUUGACAUCUUGGAGGUACGUGGACUCAAAGGCGUCUUCCUCGUCAAUCAGAAGAUUGAUGGUAAAGUGACAACACUCAUCACCUACAAUAAAGGGCGACAAUGGGAGUUCUUGGCUACACCCACCACUGACAUGAAUGGCAAGCCAAUCAGCUGCAAAGCACCAGAUUGUCACCUCCACCUUCACCUGCGCUGGGCAGACAACCCCUAUGUGUCUGGAACAGUCCACACUAAAGAAUCUGCACCAGGUCUCAUAAUGGGUGCUGGUAACCUCGGGUCUAAGCUGGUGGAGUAUAAGGAAGAGAUGUACAUCACUUCAGACUGUGGGAAGACGUGGAGACAGGUUUUCGAGGAGGAGCACCACAUCUUGUACCUGGAUCACGGUGGAGUCAUUGUUGCCAUCAAGGACACAUCUAUACCCCUCAAGAUACUUAAGUUUAGUGUUGAUGAAGGACAGACGUGGAGUGUUCACAACUUCACCAGCACCUCUGUGUUUGUUGAUGGACUCUUGAGUGAACCAGGAGAUGAGACUCUGGUCAUGACAGUGUUUGGCCACAUCAGCUACAGGUCUGACUGGGAGCUUGUCAAAGUUGACUUCCGACAGUCUUUCCCCCAUCAGUGUACUGAGUCUGAUUAUGACUCAUGGCAACUUACAGACUUACAGGGAGAGAAGUGCAUCAUGGGCCAGGAGAGCAUUUUCAGGAAAAGGAAGCACACAUCAUUUUGCAUCAAAGGGAAGAGCUACAUCUCAGCGCUGACCACCAAACCCUGCCAGUGCACAGAGAAAGACUUCACCUGUGACUAUGGUUUUGAGCGAUCCUACACAGAUGGUGAUCGUUGCUUCCCUGACUUCUGGUAUGAACCAGACUUGCCACCUAAAGACUGCUACCUAGGACAAACCUACGAGUCCAGUACUGGGUAUAAAAAAAUCAUAUCUAACGCUUGUGAAGGAGGGAUAGACAAGCAGCAAAGUGGCAAACAGCACAAAUGCCCUUUGCUGCCACCUAGAAGAUUGCAGGUUGGCAUCAAAGGACAAAUGCUUGCAGUGGCACCUGGUGAUGACAUCACAUUUUUUGUCCAUCAGGAACAGGGGGACACCAGCAGCACCAAGUACCAGGUGGACCUUGGUGAUGGAGUUCAAACUAUUUAUCAGAACCUAACAGUGACAGACGAACCCAUCCAACAUCACUAUGAAAAUUCAGGUGUUUACAAAGUUACAGUCAAAGCAGAGAACGUGGCAGGACACGACGAAGCCACCCUGUACAUCCAGGUGACAGAACCCCUACAAAAAGUACAGUUGGAAGUGGUUCCCAUUGCUGGAAGGAACCAUGAAAUCAAUUUAACAGCACUGGUUCUUCCCACUGAGUCCAACUUCACUGUCUUCUACUGGUGGAUAGGAAACAACCUACAGCCAAAGCUGACCCUGCAGAACAGCAUUCUCACACGAUUCCCUGAGACAGGAGAGGUUGCAGUCACUGUCCAAGCUUCCAAUGGUCGAUCCAUGGUGCAGGAUACCAGGACUGUCAGAGUCUACGAUGAGUUCCAGAUCAUACCCCUGAGCUUCAGCAGGAACCUGGAUCACUUCAACCCCAACAUUCCAGAAUGGAGAGAGGACAUUGGCCAGGUAGUCACCAAACUGCUUUCUAAGAUGACAGGGAUCACUGAGGAGACCCUGGUUACUGUGGUGAAGCCGGGCCUCCCCACCACUGCUGACCUUUACGUCCUUCAAUUGGAGAGCAAACCAGCCACGACAGGCAUGUUUGUGGAUAAGCGUAUUCCAGCCAUCAUGUGGGCCUUCAAUGACAACAAUGUCAGCUUCAUGGUACGAGGUGGUGUUCAAGUGCUAGUGAUGCUGGCUGACCCGAACACAGUGUACCAUGGUGGAGCUGGAGGUCCUGGUAUUUGGGUUCUUGCUUCCAUUUUCCUCAUUGGCACAAUCAUCACAGGCUCCUUCAUCCUGCACAAGUUCAAAAGGAAGUUACCGGGCAGUCGCAAUGUCUAUGCCCAGAUGCACAAUGAGAAAGAGCAGGAAAUGACCAGCCCUGUGAACCACAGCGAGGACACUCAACACAUCAUCCAGGGUGAGGAGUUCAUUGACGAUGACCUGGACUCGCAGACACUAGGGAAUCAUUCAGGUGUGGUUCUGAGCAUCAACUCUAGAGAACUACACAGUUACCUCACCAGCUGAUAGCUACAUGAUCAAACGAGCCAGACUCAGCCGACUACCAAGCACAGGGACUCAACUCUGCCUUCCAACUCAUGAUCAUUUCUUUUGCUUUUCCUCCUUUCUCCUUAGAUGACGCCUCCACUUUAUGGCCUGCUCCCCCUUCAGAUUCAACUCCGGAGUUUUUUGUUUGUUUGUUUAUUUUAAUUGGAGGGGAGGGACUGGGUCUGAGUUAAGCUCCUUUAACACCGGGGCUGCUCCAAGUUGCUUCCUGUGGUGUCAUGACGCAGGAA